AUGGCUUUCCACACGCGCUCUAACAGCUUCCCGUCUAGGCCACACCCGGUCCUUCAAGAAGUUGAUGAACUCUUGUGCAGAUUGAGAUCUUCUGAGGCCACCUCCACAUCUUCAUCAUCAAUUGCACAAGAACUUCAAUCAAUCCUACAAAGAAGAAGUGAGGUUAACAAAUACUUGACCUCGAGGAACAUGGUGAAAAAGACAAUCCACAAGGCUAUGAAGAAUCUCAAGGCAAUAGAAAACAGAUCAACUUUCUCUUUCCUCAACUAG